AUGACGGUGGGAGGGCGACCCGUGCGGCCGUGGCAGAGCCAAGAGCUGGCGAGGGCCAGCAGGCGCAACAGUCACUCUACCCCAGACGGCAUCUACGUCACACGUGUUUCGUUCGCGGCAGGUCUUGUAGUACCAGCUUUAGGUUCUCGGCAGUUUCCCUACAGCUUCCUCAUCCCCCGCCACCCUUGCCCAGCUGGAGCCGGUGCCCCCUCUCCAGUGACAUGUGACGCUGGAAGUGGCCGGCGCGGCGGGCGGGGAUUUGUGGCGGCGGAGGGCGGCUUAGGCGGGCGUGGCGCGCCGCGGCGCCAGAUAAGGGCCGGCGGCGACGCCACCUGCUGGACGGAGGCACAGACACACGCGGGGCGCCGCCUCCGCUCCGGACCGCCGCGCAGCCAUUUCUGGGUACCUUACGAGUUGGGAACCCCAACAACUAACUGCUCCGAGAGAUGCUUCAUACGAGCUGAAGGUGCAGCCAGCUCGCUGGGCGGCCAGGACAGCAGGAGCAGGGCAGAGGUGGCAGGUGCCUGCCACCGCAGGCACAGCCAGCGGGCGACGCGGCUCACCUCUGACUGCUCCUGCCGUCCUGGCCGGCGCUUCCAGAGCCGCACAGGAGUCCCGCUGUGGGCACUGUUUGGAGGUGGUGGCGGUGAUGUCCAGACAGCCAGCGAGCACACAGCGGACAGUAAUUGUAUCUGCACGCUGGGCGUCGCGGGCCAUUACUCGCCGCCACUAAAGAGCUUUGCAGCCGGUCGGCCCUCAAAGCCGAUUUCUUGCCCCGGCCAGCCCCCUGUGGCUUCCCCCGGUCCGAGCGCCGACCAGCCACUCAGCCGGCGGAGGCACGAGAGACCAGGGGAGUGGGGGCGGCUCCUGCCCCAGAGGGCCCCCGUAGCCGCCGAGCCGCGUCCGGCGGCCGCUGCCACUCGGCAAGAACAAAUUUACCCUACGGCGACGGCGUCGGCGUCGGCGGCGGCGACGUCCUCCAUUAGCGUAACGAACGCCAUCAGGCAAAUGGAAGCGCAGCCGGCAGAGCCCACGGCCUGGACGCGGCCAGCCGCCGCGCCGGGGCCGUGCGUUCGUCGUGUGCAACGCGUCAACGGAGAGGCCGUCGCCCUCCCGCUGGCCGAGCGCGUGUCGGUUUCGCCAGUCAGCCGCGUCCGUUCUCGCGUGUCAGCACUCCGCGCCGCGCGCUGCGACACCUCACCUCGCCAGCCGCAGCGGAAUCCGACGCGUCGGCAGCGGCCACCGGCUGCCCCGCGCCCCGCCGUCGACGUCAGCAGUAGCGGCCACCAGCUGUGCUCCCUGCUGUUGGUGUGUACAGCAGUGCAGACGCGGACGCUGACGGGACUUACCUGUGCCAUUGUCGGUGGCGUGCAUGUCUCUCAGAGGGGGAGCCGGAUGUCUGCCGAGGCGGCCAGCUGCCGCUGCCUGCUGCGCCCGGCCGCGGCCAUCAGACUCGGCUGCAACAACACGCGCCGGCUGCUUAGACACAGCGCUGGUAGCAAGAAUGCCUAUCUGCUGACUCCGUCGACCCGGAUAUUGCUACUGUGCGGCCGCUCGGGUUUACAGGGCGCGCCGGAGGACCUCGGCGUGCGCCGCGAGUCCCUGGCGACCCCACCUGCCGGCGGGCCUCCAAAUUGGGCGUCGACGUCCGCGCCUAACAAGCCUGCCUAA